AUGGUAUCAGAGCCAAUUAUGGAUGAAUCCUUCAAUACUAGCCAAACCACCCCUCCAAACCCACCGCCAAACAUCAUUCCUGCACAACCCAACACCAAUCCUUCAGGAGCUGUUCCUCACGACCCAACACAGCCCACCAGUCCUUAUUACAUUGGCAGCAGCGAUGGCUCAGGUGCCAUGCUUGUCACGCACACCUUGGACUCCAGCAACUAUUAUUCUUGGGCCAGAUCUAUGAAAAGGGCUUUGCGGAUCAAGAACAAGCUCGGGUUCAUUGAUGGUACCAUCUGUGAGCCUUCUGAGCCCAAUGAUCCUCUAAUGGAACAUUGGCUGAGGUGCAAUGACAUUAUGAUCACAUGGAUGCAGAACACAAUGGCAGUGGACAUCAAGUCUAGCACUACAUAUGCAGAGACUGCACAUCAGCUUUGGCUGGAGCUGGAGCAAAGUUUUGCUCAGCAAAAUGCUCCAAGGAUUUUUGAGGUAAAACAAGGCAUCACAGACUUAAAGCAAAACCAAGACCCAGUAAGUGUUUAUUUCUCUAAACUUAAAACUCUGCUUGAUGAAUUGCUCAAUUAUGAGUCAAUCCCUAAUUGUACCUGUGGAGGAUUAAAGGUUAUUGUUCACAACCAGCAAAGGGACUGUGUGAUGAAAUUUUUAAUGGGGCUCAAUGAUACUUAUAAGGCCAUUAAGGCACAGAUUUUGCUGAUCAAACCUUUUCCCAGUCUAAAUGAGGUCUACUCCAUUAUUCAGCAAGAAGAGAAAAGAAGAGAAAUCUCCAUAACCAGCCUAAGGAGUGAUUCUAUGGCUAUGGUGAGCAAAGAGAACUUUAACAAACAAUCCAUUGGGCAAAAAAUAAGGGAAAGGUAUUACUGCACCUUCUGUAAAAUUCCAGGACAUUCUCUGGAGAGAUGA